GCUGAUUCGCUCCAAAAGCCUCUGGUCCGUUUCAAUGGCGGUUCUUCAUCUCCAAUGUCAUGCCCCUCCCUCCUCUUCCUCACCUCGUCUUUAUUCAUUCAGAAGGUCCACGCAGAAUUCCCGCGCUUUCACCAUCUCUACCUCCUUCCCUUCACUUCGUUCUUCUUCUUCUUCUUCUUCAUCUCCAUGGAACCAUCGAUUUCUAACGCUGAACACAAGCCUCCACGUCGAUUCUCCGGCAACUUCCGGAAUAGAUAGCGAGGGAGAGUCUCCGGAGGUUCUGCUUGAAGUCAAGGAUCUGACUGCUGUCAUCGCAGAAUCGAAAGAACAGAUUCUAAAUGGCGUCAACCUCGUCAUCUACCAGGGAGAGGUCCAUGCUAUCAUGGGGAAGAAUGGCUCUGGAAAGAGCACAUUUGCUAAGGUUCUGGUUGGCCAUCCAGACUAUGAAGUUACAGGAGGCAGUGUUAUGUUUAAAGGAGAAAGCGUGCUUGAUAUGGACCCUGAAGAAAGGUCUCUUGCUGGGAUUUUUAUGAGCUUUCAAUCCCCGAUUGAGAUCCCAGGUGUAAGCAACAUGGACUUUCUGAAUAUGGCAUACAAUGCCCGAAUGCGAAAACUUGGUCAUCCUGAGCUUGGACCUAUUGAGUUCUGGAAUGUCAUAUCUUCCAAGCUGGGAAUUGUAAAUAUGAAGCCAGACUUCUUGAAUCGAAAUGUGAAUGAAGGAUUUAGUGGUGGUGAAAGAAAACGGAAUGAGAUUUUGCAACUUGCGCUCCUUGGAGCAGAUUUGGCUAUUUUGGACGAAAUCGAUUCUGGGUUAGAUGUUGAUGCUCUUCAAGAUGUAGCAAAAGCAGUCAAUGUACUUUUGACUCCGAAGAAUUCCAUUUUGAUGAUUACUCAUUAUCAGCGACUUCUGGAAUAUAUAAAGCCCAAAUAUAUCCAUAUCAUGGAGAGGGGAAGAAUAGUGAAGACUGGUGACAUCGCAAUUGCGGAAUUGCUUGAGAAGGAAGGCUACAGAGCAUAUUCUUCUGCAUAGGUUAGAGCCAGGCGCCAAAAUUUUGCAAGGUCAGGUCAACUUUUGUGCUUCAGUUGUUGAUAAGACUGCAUUGCAAACUCUAACCUGACAUCGGUUCCAAGAUUCAUGUAAAGACCAAGGGAAAGACCU